CUGCGGAAGUGUAAACCGCGAUGUUUUGAAAGCAAAUAAAAGUUUGAAUAUUACAAUACAACAAUAAAAAAAUGGAAUGUUCACGCUAUUGUAAUGAUUUUAGACAGAUUUUUUUGUUUUUUCUGAUUCACAGGUUUUAGUAAGAUUACCUUUGAGAGACGUUAGCGUAGUUAGCAACGAGCUAGCUAGAAGGCUAAGUUAGUUAGCAGAGUUAAAAGGGAAACUUUUGGAAGAAACCAUGCGGAUGAGUUUCCGGGGUCUGGACGCGUUUUCAGGGGAUGAAGAUGAUAAUAAUGAUACAAAUGAUGCCACACGUCGAGCCACAUUGUACACGACUUCAGAUGAAAGCAGGUUGGACCGAGAUAAGUCUCGGUUUCAGCGCUUUAAGUCUCCGGUGCUGAGGUACUGGAAGAGCCAGUGGCCAGCUCGUGUCUGCUCCAUGCUGUGCUGUUUGGUCGUUGUGUCAUUUAUUGCUGUACUUUCUUCCUUCCUGUAUGUCAUUUUAAAAGAUCUUCGGGCAGAGAGAGUUACCACUGAAGAUGGGACAGAAGUAAGGCUUCUAGGCUUUUGGAGUAUGUUGGUUCUCUCCUCCUUGGCUGGAGUGUUGUGUUGCAGCUUCUCCUGGACUCUAACCUAUUUUGACUCUUUUGAGCCGGGGAUGUCCGGGGGGAUGUCCACACCACUUUCUCCAGCCAAAUUCAGGCAAAUGACUGGCCACUCCUUUCAUAUGGGCUACAUCAUGGCUAUACUCAAUGGCAUUGUGGCCGGACUCACUUUCUUCUGGUGUCUUAUUUAAGACCUACCCACACAUACCAUUGCCUAGGACACUGUCCUCACCUCAUCUUCAUGAUCAUCAGGCAAAUAUGGGUAAUAAAAAAAUAGUGAGGGUGCAAACCUCCUGUUAUUUAUUGGAAUAUGAAUCUGGCUUUGAAUAAUAAAAGAACUUUAAUUAUCAAGGGAUGGUUGUAUACACAAUGCUGAAAGUGUAUGAAAGCUGCUUAUGUACCACAUAUUUAGAAGAACUGGAAUGUUGCCCUUUAGAGAUUAUAAAAAACAUCAGAAAAAUAAUUUGUUCUGGGUUAUUAUGAGUGCAAAAUAAUGUUUUUAUCAUUUAAUUGUGUUAUUUUUUUUUUAAGAGUAACUCAAUGUUGCAACAGUAAUGUUCUAUUCAUUACAUCUGGAAUGCAUCAGAGCUAACUUUUGUUUUUUGUUUUAUUUUUUUGUAUAGCAAUCAGCUUCUCCAAUAGAGGUUUUUACAGAUAUUUUAUACCAAAAACUUUCCAAUUGUUUACAUUCCCAGUUCAUAUACAAAAAUUUCAUCAUAGAAAUGGAUAUAUUUCUUGUAAACAAUAUCAUCUCGUAUGGUGUAUAGUAUGUACAGUGUUCAGAUUAAAUUGUAAUAGUUUAUACAAUUACAAUUAAACAACUUAAUAGUCUGUAAUGAAUAAAUUCCUCAGACACCUUUUGUGUUUUAUUAAGGCAAACAUUCUUGUAAUGAAAUAAAUAGUUAAUACUGCUGUUGAAAUAUAUGGUGAUUUAACCUAUUUUGAAAUGAUUGACUUUAGUAGCUAAUGCACUGCUUGGUUGACGCAGAGACUUAGUAAUGUUUACUUAUUCUAAAUAUUGAUGUCUCAUUUUUGCAGCAGCCCAGAAAGGACAUCCUGAACCUUUUCUGUGUGACACGGAAUGGUCAAAACCACAGGCUACUAAACUGAGAUUAAAAGUAAAAUAAGGAAUUUACAUGUGGGAUUUAAUCUUGUGAGAUUUCAUUCCAAACGCCUCGAGCUCAUCUCUCCCAUGUUACGAGGACCAUAUAAGCCAUAAACAUGCUAAAUGUUUCACAUACGAGUGAUGUACAGUAUAUUUUGUUAAAGUCUCAGAUGCUCCUAGACAUCUAGUAUCGUUCAGAGAAUUUGUUCCGUAUAAUUUGGGGACUUCUAUCAUAGCCUGUGAUUAUAUUUUUAUUGUUGUUAUGUUAAUAUUAAUGUUAAUAUUGUUGUGCUAUGUUAGAUUUAUAUGUUAGACAUUUAGUAUAUUAUAUGUUAGUUCUUACAUUCAACAGUUCCUCAAACUCUCACCGACUAAACUAAAUCUUUUGACAUCAUAUUGUGUUUUUUUUUGUGUUAUUCCUGUGGGCCACUCAGGGAUAUGAAAAUGACUGAUUCAGUCCUUAGGUUGUGCAACAUCUCUCAUUCUCUUUAAAUUCAUGUAUAAAAGAACAAAAUGCCAAUAAACACACAUUUCCAAGUAA